ACUACUGGAAGCAAAUUCACCUCUCAUCCUCAAUCUGUGCCAAAGAAAAAGGCAAAGAAAGGGACAAAUAUCUGCUGUUCUCUCCUGACUGCUUCCCCGAGUGACUCCAGACUCACUGCCUUUUCUGGGGAGAAUCUGCUAUUCACACAUUCAGGAUGUCUCCUAAAACCGACUGCCCCCUAAAUCAGAGAAGGGAGAGCUGCUAUGAAAUGUCUGAUGGGGAGGCUUCCUCCUUUUCUCCCCCCUGCUCUCCUGCCCCUUCACUCAGUCAUACAGAGAGUGAAGAGUGCCCUUUUGGAGACAGGUUUGCCUUCCAGGACCCCAGGGAGACCCAACGCAAGAAGCUAAAGGGGAAAAGGACAAGAUCAAAGACAAGGAAUGAAUUGACAGUUACCAAACAGAGGAAGAAUCGCAGGGUAAAAGCCAAUGACAGAGAGAGGAACCGUAUGCACAAUCUUAACUCAGCUCUGGACUCUUUGAGAAGUGUCCUCCCAACAUUUCCAGAUGAUGCCAAACUCACUAAAAUUGAAACCCUGAGAUUCGCCCAUAACUACAUAUGGGCUCUUUCUGAAACCCUGCGUAUGGCUGACCAGAGCCUAAUAAAUCUGGGGCACCACCAGGACUCCUUUCAGAACUUACCUAAGAGCUGCUUCAUGUUGGACCUCACCAGCCCCAGCAGCAGCUGUAGCUCCUCCAGUGAAUGGGAAUCCUCUCUCUACUCACCAGUGUCUCAAAUCAGCAGCCCCAUAGCAGGUCCAGGCAAUGAAGCCACCUCACUUCCUUGUCUGAGGCACCACUCAUACUCACAAUUUGUCUGAAGGUCCCUUACAGCCUCUCUCUGAUUAUGCUCUUCU